CAAUUUUUUCUCCUUUUGUGCCUCCCAAUUAGUGCAGUCUCGUCCCUAUUCCAAUUGGAGAACUCCUAAGAGCCGUUAGAGUCCCGAAUCCAAAAUGCAUUGGUGGCGUCCCAGCGAAUAGAUGCCGCUGCAGUAGCCAGACAGUAGCCCACAGCCGAAAAUGAACAAUUUGGAGCACGUCAAGCACUUCUACCCAGAAAACUAUAAAUUGGAUCUUUCGGAGACGAUGAAGGCGGCACUAUCCAAGGGUCCCGGCGUCGGGGGCGUGGCCAGUGGGUCAUCGCACAGCGACAUGCUGCCGCAGCCGAAUGCCGGACUUCCCGGCGUGGGCUAUGUGACCGAGAAGCUCUACAUGCUGCUGCAGCUCUAUUUGCAGAACAAGGGCUGGAACCCGAGCGCCGAGCUGCUGCAGUGCUUCAGCGAUCUGAAGGACAACGCCAUGCUGCCCAGUGCCGCCUAUCUGCAGGUCUUGGCCAAUCGACUGACGCUAGACUCACAGGGUCGCCUGAUUCUGCGCGAUAAUGGAAAGAUUGUUCUGCCGUUUGAGCAUUUCGCCAAUGCGGUCAUGCUAAAGCACAUGUCCGGUCCCCACGGGCUUCAUCUAAGUGUGGACGCCACAGUGCGGGCUGUAAUCGAGUCCUACACGAUUGGGCGGGAUCAGUUCGGGAUGGAAAAGGAGUUCAUUAUCGAGGUGGUCCAGUCGUGCCCCAGCCCCGCCUGCCGCUACUACAAGAACCAUAUGGGCAUCUCACCCAUGCCAUUCAUGGAGCAACAGUAUCCUGGCGUGAAUACGCCCGACUUUUUGCAACGACUCUCCCAUCUGCCGCCCAGCAGUGCAGCCGGAGGAAAUGCUGCAGCUGGCUCUGCUUCCAGCGCUGCCAGCAGCACCAGCUCAAGCAAUGUGGAAAUCGACUUAUCCAAGUCGACGGGCUCCAAGGUGACACAGGUUCCAGUGCCGCCGCAACUCCAGCAUCUGACCAAGCAGCAGCAGAACAGCAUCCAGACGCAGCUCUCACAGAUCAGUGCUGCCGCCGCACAUCAUCAACAGCAGCAACAGCAACAACAACAGCAGCAACAGCAGCAGCAGCAACAACAGCAACAACAACAGCAGCAGGCCCAGGCGCAGGCCAAGCACCAGCAACAGCUUACGGCGGCUCUGAUACAGCAACAAAAUCGAGUGCUCGCCCAGCAGAGCCUUGAGAAGCUAAGCAAUUUGAGUCCGCUGGAGAAGCAGCGUGUGUUUGCUCAACUGGAUCCUAAGCACUUUGAUCCCAUGGCCGUGGCCGCAGCAGCAGCCAAUUUACAGAUCCAGGGACUAAUGCAAUCGCAGGCAGUGGCCGCUGCCGUGGCCGCAAAUCAGCAGCCGACUCCGGCCACCAGCACAUCCACGUCCGGGGGCUCCGGUGUCAGUUCACAAACCCAUCACCAUCCAAUGCCACCACCAUCGCAGUCGCCGCACUCAUCUUCAUCGUCUUCCUCGCACUCGUCGCUGGAUCAGCUAUCACAUAAGAAUGCAGCAGAUUCCUUGCGCUCAAAUCUUGAUUCGAUUGAGUCGAACAAAGAUCUACUGGCCCUGCACAACGGGGCCUGGGCCACCAGUGAUGCCAAUCGCUUGGACCACAUGGCUGUUGGCCAGGACAAGAUUGUACGCAUUUUUUCCGAACUUAUGCGGAACAUGUCUCGCAUGAAGACCUACAUACGUCCAUCUAUGUGCAAGCCCUACGGCAAGCAGAGCGAGAGUCUGCAGAAGACACUCAUGGACACAAUUCAGAUUGUGCAAACGCUGCGCAACUGCUUGCCGGCUCCCCACAUACCGGUCUCCUCCUGGAAGAGUGAGAGUGAGGGUAACUUGGGUGCAGGUGUUAGUGUCGGCGUUGGCGUCGCCGUUCCACAAGGACUAAAUUUGAGCGCCGCCUUGGGUCUGCCAUCGGGCAGAUUGGACAACAUGCACUAGGCGGGGAUGCAAUUAUGUGCCAUGUUCAACACAAGACUUGAUUUCGUUUCAACACUUGACUGACAUUUAGAUGUGUAUGAGUAUAUAUUUCGACCCGAUCCGGAUGGGGAUUAUGGUUGGGUGCGGUGCCCAUGCGCUGUACAAGGGGUCAUCCUCGCAUAAUACCAGGUUGAGCCUUGUAGGGUGCAUCGAAACAGCGGUUGGAACCGUUUUUUAUGAAUCUAAGUAUCUUCUUUACUGACUUAUUCCUCACCUCACUCUGUACUUCCCGAUUUGGCAUACAAAAUUAACACGCAAAAUGGAGAAUUAGUUAAAAAAUUGGCAAAACGUCUGUGAUAUUUAAAUUAUGUUGGCAAAUGGAAAGAAAAACUAAAUUUAACUUUUUUUUAUAUAUUGUGUGCCCUUUGUUGUGACGAUUUUACAAUACUUACUUUGUGCAAUACCUACUAAGCAUCUAUUCUUAACUAUGUAUUCCUGUGCAAUUGACGACUUCUCACCCAUAUCAAAACCCAACUCGAAUCUAACAUGGCAGCAUGCCCGCCCCCACGCUACAUAAUAUUAUACAAACGAGUAUGUAGACGCAUAAGAUUUAUAUUAUAUUUUGCAUUAGAAAUACAUACAUAUUUAGGUGUAUCGCGGCUCAUCGAUUGAGAAUGUUGAGUCUAGGAAGAGAUGAGACAAAAGGAGUUGUGUUUAAAUUUAAGAAGCAGAAGAAGAUGUGAAGAUAUGAAGGGUUGUAUUCCAGCUACACGCAUACGUAUAGUAUAGGCUAUUUAAAUAUACUUUAUUCCGCCGUGCUCAUCAUUGAAAUAUCCGAAUCGUAGCAUGCAAACAGUAUU